AUGCACAAGGCGUAUACUAAGGCAGAAAAAAAAGAAGAGGAAGAAGAAGAAGAAGAUGCAAACUUCUUCCACUGCCGCGGAAAAGUCGAGUCACUUCUCUUCGAUUCCAUAUACUACAUGGACGACGAAGCUAGUUGCGCUCGAGGAGGACGAUUCAUCGAGUUCGUGGCAUUGAGCGGCUACAAAGCCGACCUCGAUCAAGCAGGCAAGCCCGUGUCGCGUUACACGACUCCGUUGCACGUCGCGGCCAAGUACGAGUACCACCAGCUGAUCGAUCAUCUGUUUCGAGUUUACGACGCCGCGGACGCGAAUCGGAGCGACGAGUCGGGCCUGACUCACUUCCACGUGGCCUGCCGGUUCGGCCGCAAAGACAUCGUCCGGAAGCAUCUGGAUCUCGGCCUGGACUCGAAUCUCCGGGUGAGAGAGACGGGCGACUCGCCGCAGCACCUGGCCCUGGCCAACCACGAGAACGAGACGGCCGCCUCACUGCUGAGGAACGGAGCGACGCGAAUCUGGCCAACGGCCUCGGACACACCGGUCGGUGCAGGUCGACGCCCGGGACACGUUGGGCAACACGCCGCUGCACCUGGCCUUGGAUCUGGGACACUGCUCGAGGACGACGGCGACUCGUUGCAACUACUGUUCGACGUCUGCGACGAAAAACGUCGGCCGGUGCGAGUCGACGCCUGGGACAAGAACGGCAACACGGCGCUGCACUUGGCACUGCUCCGCGAGAACAAGAACGUGGUCAGUGUGCUGCUGAGACGAGGCGCCGAUCCUUUCGUGGCCAACGAGGUGGUAGUGAUUCCGCUGCACUUCAUGUACCGCAGCCACGACUACGACGUCGAGGAGAUGUUUUAUAAGCUGGACAGCAGCAGCAGCAGCAGCAGCAACGACGAGUACGAGUCCGUCGGCUCGAAGAUUCGCGAGACCACCACACCAAGGACUCGACACGAGAUUGCUGUUGUGAGGAUAGAUUAG